AUGCCCCGAGUAAGCACUGUUUUUACAUACUAAAUGUAUUGUUACUUUAUGGCUCUGUGGUAUGAUCAUGGUGAUCAAUGCUUUGUAUUUGUAUACCUUUAAAAAAAAAAUGUUUCUUCUUCAUUUUGAGUGGCAGCCCACAGGUGGAUGCGAGCUAACCCCCCCCCCCCCCCCAAGAAAAGAAUAUGACAAAAUGAAUAAAGAUCUGGUCACAGAAACGAAUGAUACUCUCGAUUUCCCUAUGUCUUGCUCUAUUUCCUAAUGGGCCUGGCUGCCUCACUGGUUCAUAGGCCUAACUCAGCUCCUCACAGGGACCUGGUAGAUAUCUGAAAGGCAGCUCAGGCCCUUUAUCUUGCAGAGGUUAGAAAUUCCAGAGACAUUGGCUCACGAAUGGGGCGGGGAUUGGCAAGGCUGUCUGGGUAUAAAGAGGCCCAGAUUAUCAGAGUUGAGAGCAGAGGUGCACAGCCAACCAGAUGUCCCCCUCCAGAGACACAGAGAUCGAAAAACGAACUCACUGCCAUCAUGAAUUCAAGCCCCUAAAGUGUGUCGUCUUACCGCUGCCACUUCGAGGACAUCAGCAGCAGCUCGUCCUCCUACCAGGUUAGGGUGUCCAGUCCUUCCCCCACCCGACGAGAUGCCCGUACCCGAUCUGCCAGCUUCGCCCGCGGUGCUGCAGGAGGCGGCACAGUGGCCCAAAGGACCAUAUCCUCCACACGAAGAUCUGGCGCGGCUGGUGGGACUAUGUGUGCCGGUAUGGAGGGCGCUAUCGACCUUCGACACAGCUACCGCCGAGAACCAAGCAUUCCUCAGCACAGCAGCAGGGAGUUACAGGAGAUGGUCAUCCUUAACAACAGGCUAGCUUUUUACAUUGACAAGGUCCCCUUGUUGGAGCAGCAGAACAAGCAGGUGGAGAUGGAGAUUGAAGGCCUCCAGAAUCGAUGUGUGAAGCCGUCUGGCCUGCGCAUGCUGUACGAGCAGCAACUGAAGGAACGGAUGAAGAUCACAGAUAAGAUGAGAGUCCAACGGGACCUGGCCCUCGCCGCUAAGGAGGCCAUGGCUGGCCAACUGGAGAUGAUCAAAGCCAAAUAUGAGGAGGCUCUUGAGCUGAGGAAGGCAGCCGAGCUGGAAAUCGAAGCAUUCUGUCCGGAUGUGGACGCGGUCACUUCUGUACCUAUCACCCUGGAGAAACAACUGGAGCAGUUGUAG